AUGGAGGCUCCUCGAUCGACCGCGUGGGGUUGUUGCACCGAUGGUGGCUCCACCAAAGGCAGCAGCAGUAGGAAUGAUCUUCUUCAACUCUUUGUAGACGGAAGUUUCUCUGUGGCCAGCAAUCACAAGACCUUGGUCCUUGAACUGCUUGGCAACGUCUCUUGGAGAAGAUCCAGACACCUCGAUCCAGGUCUUGGAGAAGAAAGCACACGAAGCCAAAACAAAGACAACGUACACCACGGUCUUGAUUGGGUCCAAAAGAGCCUCGGUCAAAGAAAAUGGAGGCUGCAUGUAGUAUGCAAUACCAGACGAAGCAAACAACUGUUGCGAGCCGGCUCUUGGCUCCCAAGAGCCAAGAAGCUUGAUAGCAAUGUUAUUUGGGAAUCUGGAGUAGAGCAUCUGGGAGAUGAUGAAGAUGUUGGAGGUCAAGGCACUUUGCAACAUGAUUGGCAUGUUGGAGGUGUAGAACAGUCUGAUUGGGUACAGACCGUAAGGACCUCUUUGUCUCGUAGACUUGACAGGAAGUUCCACUUUCAAAGACUGCAAGUAAACCACCGCCAAGAAAAUCAACACGGUGACAAUGACCUGGAACAUGUUUGGAGCGUUGUCUCUGUAGAAGGCCUCGAUCAAGGCAAUUCUCUUGGACUUCUUGGUGAACAACAAGUGGACAAAUGCAAUCACAGCACCUUCAAACUCUGUUCCACGUCCUCUGUUGAUGGUUGUUGGGGCAAAACAUCUCCAGAAAAUUUGUUCGCAAAUGUUGGUGGCCAUGAACAAAGAAAUACCCGAACCAAGUCCGUAACCUUUCUGGAGCAGCUCGUCCAGCAGGAUGACCACGAUGGCUGCAAAGACCAAUUGCAAAAUCAGCAACAGACAAACACCCGUGCCGAGAUCACCUGGACGUCCGUACAUGCCUGUCAGAACGUACACGGUAGCCUGACCGACAGAAAGCAAGAUAGCAAAGAUCUUUUGGGCGAUCUGGAGCAAAUCGCGGUCCUUUUUGUUUUCCAUGUUGAUUGUUAG